CACAAACCCUACUGGAAUGUUCUGGAUUAUCCAUACAGAAGCAAAAUCAUCUUUAUGUAAACUCUGCUUUGUACUUUUAGGAUUUUACAUUCAUACUGCUUCGACUUGCAGAUUGCCGAUCAAAAGCUACGAUUCGAGGAGGUUUUGCAAAGUACAGCUUCGUGUUUACGAGGCUACAGUGGGCGCUCUGUUGUGGGUUGGGAUUAUAUUACAAUCAGAGCGCAGGGUUUGAAACGUUAUCCUGUCACCACAAAGAACAAUUAGUCAAAAGAUUCGAUUAAAUGUGAAAGUUAGUAAAGUAAGGUGGACGAAUGAACAGAAAAGACGAAACGAAGCUGCCAUGUUAACUUACGACAACGAACAACUAAACACCCGAUACGGGCAACUUAAAAAAAAUGGGGUGAGCAUCUCGGUUGCUAUGGGCGACACGCGGGAAUCUGCGGUGUUAGAUGGCAUCUGUUCCCAUGACAAAAUAUCCAAUUUGAUUGCAAUGAUUUAUAAGAAGACUGGGAUUCACCCAUCCAGACAGCGUUUGUUUGCAGGUGGUGAACGAAUGAACACUGUUGCGGUGUUGGGCAAAUAUUUUCCUACGCUUAGUCAAGUUGGGAAUUGUCGGCUCGAACUCCGCUGUUUCAUUCCAUUGUUAAUAUCCGCACAGUCGUGCCCUGGUCCCAUGCUUACUGAGAUUGAAGUAAGACCAAGAAACGAUGAACUGAUCAUCGGGAUAAAAAGAAAAAUCCGCGACAAAUUUCGCAUCGAAAUCCCGCAGCAGAGACUACAUCUUCACCCUGCCGAGAUGACUACACUUUCCCGCAGACAAGAGUUGGACAAUACGCGGCUUUUGUCUUGUUAUUUGUCUCCCGCUGAGGACGGGAAUUUUCUCGAAGUUCUGCCGCAUUUGCCGACACCAAAUUCCCGCGAAAUUUUCAUCCGAAUCCCGAUGUGCAUCACUAAUGCAAUAGAAAUGGAACCAACCGAGUUAAAAUUUCCGCAACAAUUUCACAACUCGUCCGCCGUGAGUAAAGAGUUCCUCGAGAUAAAUAUUCCUCCGCCACCACCCCAAACCCCAGAAGAUGAUUUAUUCAAAGAAGACCUCUCUCCACAACAACCUGACGAAGACAAGGAAGAUUGGUGGCUGACGAUUCCUCUCAACCUUGAUGACGUCAUCAAACGUGACCCAACCGCUGAUGACGUCAUCAAACGUGACCCAACCGCUGAUGACGUCAUCAAACGUGACCCAACCGCUGAUGACGUCAUCAAAUGUUUAAAUCGUCAAGUUGAAAAGGUCAUGGGGUCGUUUGGCAGAAUUGACUCGCUAAAGUUCGCCACCGCUAAAGUAGCAUUGGGGGGAAUGGAACUUAGUGGUUGCAUGUUGGGGGAUUCCCAGGUUAGGAGCCAUGAGAUGUUGAUAUAUGUUGAUGACGUCAACCUUGACGUCAAGAUGAAUAAAUUACCCCGGUGGUUUAGGGGUAAAAGGGGAAACCCAUCGGCGCACCCAAUUACCCCACUUUACCCCUUAUCAAGUUACAGGGAGCCAGGGUUAAGGUUCACAACCCCACCCAACCCCAUUAUAAUGACGUGGGUAAUUCCCCCAUGCGCCCCAUUAGAUUUGGGUGCUAACCCGGGAAUUUUCCUCGAAUUCACGGGGGUUUCCUAUGGUAGAAGAUACGGUUCAUGGGACAUCCCCCAACACGAGAAAACCUAUGUUGACGUCACAGUGGAAGGGACAAUUGACGUUUGUGACGUAGGAUUGCGUUCGACGAUCUUAAACAGUGCACACGGCGAGUCGCGACUUGAUUAUGAUGUAGAAGUUAUCACUAAUGACAUCACAGAGGUCGAUUCACCGAGAGGUUUCUUCUACGUUCAUGACGUAACAGAAGUGACGUUGCUGGGACCCGUGAACAAAACCCAGGUUGAAGCAAGACGGAACGUUCCACCUUACCUCCCCCCCACAACAUGGGGUUCGGAAAGACGGAGGAAAAGUGAGAUUAAUAAUCAGCUUCGUGUGGGUCGAUAUGGGAAUCCCAUCUUACCCCAACCUGCUCCUAUUAGGAUUAGAGGUGACGUGUCCCAUCUGACGUCAUCAGAAGUGGAUUCAGUGACGUCAUCCCAUUAUUGUCGACGUCAGUUCAGCGAAACCGUUCCGGGUCAGUGGUACGUGUCACGUGAGAAAGUUGAUGACGUCACGACCGUGGGAGUCGAAACUUCUGGGGGGAAAAAUCUCGGGAACGCGUUUUCUACUUUGUGUAAGCGUGGUACUACUAUUGAUGGUAGGCCAUACGUCACUGUGACGUACAUACGACGGUGCGAAGUGACGUCACAACAAAGCAUUAUUACACCUUGCACUAAUUUCGUGGAUUCAUUUCGAAAAUCACUCGACUUUCGUAUCCAGACACAAUUCUAUAACUGCUCGCUUCUAGAUAGUGAAGCUACUAUUCCGGAAGCGGAAUCGUUUUCUCUUCGUGUUCAACAAAAAGUGACCAGGGUUGAAUAUGCUGAGCACACCCCAGAUGUUGUAACACAGUUUACUUCACCAACACUCGGGAUGGAGAAGAUAAUCGGUGUAAAUUUACCAACCGCGAGGUGGCGCAACGCGAAUAACAUUCCAGAUGAACCAACAUCCGAUUUAAACAAGUGACGUCAUCGCCGUGACGUAGUGGUUAGCAAAACUGCCUCUAAACCAGAAGGUACGGUCCGAGGCUUUCUUCUGCUACCAUUAUGGGUGUAUGUGUUCUUGUGCAAGACACUUAACGACAAUUGUUCCAACCCAGUGGUCAUUAAUAGGUUGUCAAAAUUGUAAAAAAAUCCAAAUUAAAACAAGUGGCGUCAUUUAUGGAAAAAAGCACACAGAAAAAUGAAGUUGAUUGUUAUACAACAGAUGAAUCACAAUCGAUCUAUAU